AUGAAGAGAGUUCCUAUUAUUCUAUCAGCGAAUUUUUAUCUUGGUACUACAAAUAAAAAAGCAUUCCCAGAAAGGGUUGAUAAGGAAAGAUUUCCUGCGUUAAUCAAAGCUCUUGAACAAUUUUUGUUUGUGAUUAAUAUUUUUUCAAAGUUAAGUUUUGUUUCACAUAUUAAGACACCUGAAGUAAAGGUGAAAGUGGAGAACAUUUUUGAAUCAUUAUCAAAGUAUUUAUAUACUAUAUUCAGCAAAGGCAAAACGUACUAUCCUUACUUUCAGUUACUAAUUCGUUUAUCGGUGCUUGAUUGGGAAGGAAUUCAGAACACAAAUUGUAUAUCUACUUUAUCAUUAAACGAGUUUAAAGAGAAUAUUACCUGUCUAAAAGUAUGGAUUGUUUAUGCAUGUUUGAAUCAUUCUUUGGUCCUUGAUUCUUAUAAGGAAAUGGUUGGCUUAUUUGUUUCUGAAAAACUACCAAAAGUCAAUCCAAAUUGGUUCUGGAUUCUACAGAUUGAUAAUAUUAUCACAAAUGAACUAAAAGCAAACCCAGAAUAUGAUUUAAGACAUCUUGGUAAGGGAAAAGGUCUUUUGAAUGGAAAACCUUUCUCGAAAGAAUACCUGAAUUUAUUAAAUGAAGAUAUCCAAUUGGACAUGGACCAAUACCUAAAUAAAAUCAAGUCUAAUUAUUUGGAUCUUUUGACGGUAAAAGAAGUGGCAGAACUAUCAUUAUAUGCUGAAAGUAUCAAUAUCUAUGGGAUAUGUGAACAUUUCAAUAAUUGUGGCUCUGUGACGUUUAAAUAUGUGAAAUAUCCCUCUCUUAUUGAUGCAUUUGAAGAUAAAUCCCUUUUGAAGGCUAUUCCUGAUGUGCGUAAAAGUACUAACACAGUUUCAGAUAAUAAGAUUCUUGACUAUAUUGUUCAGAUACUUGAUAGACUUCUAUUUAUGAUGUUCAUAGCUACUGAUUGCUACUUUGGUUAUAAACAGCUACAAGGAUUACAAAUUAUGGGAGAUGAUAGAAAUGUAUUUAUAGAUUCAAGAGAUAGGACAAUGUACAUAGGUGCUACGACAUUCCUUUCUGUAGAGACUUUUCCAAGAGCAAAAAGAUUAGAUAAAAUAACAUCUGAAUAUUUGGUAUUUUCUAUUUUAGUUUUGACCCCACUCUAUAAAUAUCAUUGCAAGAAAUUAGGAUAUAAUCUUCAAUAUGAUAUGGCUUUAUUUCCUCAUAUCCAAGGAUAUGAUCAUAGAUGUAGUUCCAAUUUUAAAAAAAUAUCAGAAUUGUAUCCAUCUAAACUUUACAAGGCAGGACGUUUUACUUGCGAUGAAAUAAGGAUCGCACUAGAGGAAUUAGAGAAAGAGAAAUCAAACGAGUAA